UAGCAACCGUUUCCCACUGGGUUAGCCUAAAUAUACUAAAAACAUAGGAAAUCGUGUUAAAUACUACGUAUUCUGUCAGCCCUCUCUUAUAUUUGUAAUUUAAUUCCGUCAGAUGAAAGAUUUUACUGAGGUCUGCAACUUACAGUCGAUAAGACUGGAACGAUUCUGAUUAGUACCAUCUCGGUGACGUGUUUAUCUUUGCGCAAACUCCAGUUUUCGCGGGGUGUGAUAAGAGUGCUUUCCGUUCUGAGUUCUCCAACAAAGUGAAAAAGCGAUACCAUACAAGUGCGAAUAUUCGUAUUCGAGGGAUAUAAAUGCCUUGAUAAGUCAACAAGUGCUGGCGAUGGACUAGAUGGAACCAAUCGACUAUAAACGUUGUGAGAUGAAGUAAGAGAUCUGCUCAGACCAAGACCACCCAGACUAUCUGCCUAGCAUUGACUAGCAGCCUUAACUGGAUAUGAAGGCUGCGAGUCAGACUAGCUUAAUUCAUUUCACUUGGGCUUAAUUAAGUGGUAUUUGAGGAGUAUUUGAGGUUCUGUUGGUGACAGAAUCUGGACUGCUUUACUUUCGACCUUUAGCAUUUAACUUCAGACCAAACUUUAGCCAGCACCUGUACUGAGAGAUUCUAACCUAGCUAGCUAGGUGAACCAAGAUGUCUGAGAAACUAACGCUAAUGUUGUUUUUAAAGGGGGAUUGCGCCAAUUAAAAAAAAAAUCUGGAUAACUCGGUCCUUGAGGCGUAAACAGGAGUCAGUCAGAGUGGUUGGUGUGAAGUAGUUAAUUGUCGAGAAACCUACUGACCCUUGAGUUCUUCACAGUGGUGGUGAAAGGAACCAGGGCUCGCCUUAUAUUUAUUAUUCGAAACAGCCAGUGAACCUGCCAGUGAGUUUUUAUUGCUAUGUAAUGCUGAUUAUUGUAAAAUAGAGGUAAAUUUGGAAAAAUAAAAACUUCUUUGGGGAUUGUUUUGCCCUAAAUGUACCCAAAUCCAAAACUUUAUCACAAAACUUAUGAAACAUCGGGCAGCACAUCUAUCUAACCAUUUCAUGUAAUAACUUUCUGUAAGGGAAUAGAGGCAUUAAACUCUUCAGACAGCUGAUUCCUAUCGCCACAAUUGUGCACUAUUCUGACUUUGUAGGUUAAGUAUCUCUAGAACGGGGCAUUAAACGCCAAAAUCUUCUGAACGACGUUGCUUACGUCUCAAUCAUUUAAUUAUGUAGAAUUUUUGAAAUGCCGGUGGAGUUCCCCUUUAAGCCGAUUAUACUGGAGCUUGCAUGUAAAGUUUUACAGGAGGAUGGCUUUAAGCCACUCUACCCACCUGUUAGUCUGCCAUGUUUUAAGAUGGUCAUUAUAUAUUUAUGUAUAAUUCAUCAAGUUAUUCAAAUUCUAACUGAUGUGUAAUUCCUGGAGUAAUGUAGCUUUGUUAACGAAGAGAUUUUAAAAUCUGGCCUAAACCAAAUCAAAAAUAAACAACUAAUUGGGUUUGCAGUUUUCAAGCUUUAUUUUACAGAGCCCCUAUGUGUGUGUGUGGUUAAAAAAUGGAGACUUUGCAUUAACUUGCAAUAGUUUUGCUUUGUUUUGUGUUCCUUUACAGUUAUUUUGCAUUCCGUUGCAGAUGCAAUGGAUUUUACAAGAUAAGGCAAAGCUAUUGCUGACGAACGCAAAAAACCUUUGCAAGGGGAAGUAAAAAUAUUUUUUACUUUCAAUGCAACACAAUGUUGUUGCAAUUUUUUUUCUCACUGUGACACUUUAGUGGCUUAGUCGUAUUCUGUUUAGGUUUUGGUUGAAAAACUCGAUUACAGUUUUGAAAAAUUAUUGUAUGAAUAUGUUUCAAAUCUUUGUUGCCUAAAAUCUGCACUACUUUAACAGUGUACUUAAACUGCAUGGCAGUUUUGUUUUUGAAUGCUGGAGCUGUGACAAAGUUUUUGGGGGAAGAAGUACAUUUGGGAAUCUUUGACUGAAAAACUUUUGGUAUCCGAAGUUUGCUAUAAUUUAGACCUGCAGUGAAGCGUCUCUCGGCUUAUUGACUACAUUUGGGUAAGGAGAGGAAAUGAUGCAAAUUAGAUUUUUGGAUGAACUGUUCAUCUACAUUUUAAGUGAUCUUGUGGUGUAAUGCUCCAUGUUUUGUGUGUGUGUGUGCAUAUAUAUAAAAUUGGACAUUCCCAUGCCUUUAUACUUUAUGAGGACUUAAAAUGUAUAGUUUUUAGACAAUGUAUGUCACCUUGCAGGGAUACAUACCUUGUAAAACACAUUGAAAGGCAGGAAUCAAGACAUACUGUGAAGGUAAAGUCAAGACGGCAGGCUUCUGUUGUGGCUCGCCACAGGCAAGAGCAGCACCUGAAGAAGAACUUGAAAGUAUCACCCAAGAAAGAUGUGAUGACUAAGACCAACAGCCGAUCAAGGCAGCGUAAUGUUGGUCAUGGGCCAAGAACCUUCAGCUGGGAUCCUGACAAUUUCUGCUCAGAUAGUGACAGUUCUAUAGUGAACAAUGUUGACAAGCCAGUGACCACACUGGCAUCUGUUGUUGACCUCACUGGCAACGUCAGCCCAGCUCAGAGUAGUGAGCGUGUUGUGUUACUGUCGUCUGGUGAGGAGGACGAGGUCCAUCGUUUGGAGUUGGAGAAGUUAAGACAGAGCUCACUUGCUCCUGGUCCAGUUAGAAAAAUAUCCUUACCCCUGAAGUCAAUGGCUGAAGACACUUUGCAAAUGCUCAAAGACUCACCAGGACAACAGCUGAUUUCUUGCAAUCCUUCUAAAUCCCUCACUGAGAGCCAUGAGUGUUUUGACAGUCAGCUGGACACCACCACUUCUGAAGACUCUGUGAGGUCAGGUCCCAGUUCCCCUUACACUCCUCUUACUUCACCCAGAUGCACUGAAUGUGACAAGCUUUUUACCAAAAUGAGGAGACUAGGAUCUCCAAGAACCAAAAAAAGGGACAAAGAUCCAUCCUCUCUGUCAUGUGAUGAAUGGUUGCUCAAAAAAGCAUGGCACCCACAGAGACGACGGCACGUGAAAGGAAAGCUAUGGGUGCACUUAAAGCGGAUUAGGAUGCUUGCUGUGAAGCAUUUGGCUGCUGAAACGACAAAUGCAUCGCCGCUGUGCUCUAGACCUCACGUCUUUCUGCAAAGGAAUUUGCAUCGCUGCAGGAAAAUGUCCAGCAUGCUUGAGAAUCAGUCUGAGAGAAAAGUCAAGUCACGUCCCCGCAGACUUAAAGCCACAAAUGCAUGGCCUCCACUCAAUGCAAAAUAUCAAAGGCAAAAAAAGAGGAAAUCCUCAGAGAAGGACAGUACAUCACAGCAUCUUUCAUCCCUGGACUUCACCAUUGUCACCAAAACCAUGGACAAACGGCCUGCAAAGGAUGAUGCUCAACAUACUGGUUCACAGCGGCAGAACAAGGUUCUAAAGAAGCAAAACUUUAGUGACAUGCGUAAUGUACUGGAUGAACAGACAGGUUGUUAUAGCCUAGAGGGAACCCGCAGGGUGCUGAAAUUUGAUGACUCUAUCUGUACAUUUCAGAGAAAAAAUUCAGAUUUCACAGGAAAGGAUUGUUCUGGGGCAGAAAAAGUUCUUUGUGAAGACCUGGAAGAUUUUAGAACCCCCCCAGACAUCUGCAUUGUGGAGUCUAAGAUUGUCAGGAAAAGUCAUCUGUCAUUCUUUUCCUCUGGCCAUUCGCCUCAUAGGGCACAGAAGGGCAGCUUUAGGUCCAUGUUAGCUGCCUUUGAGAAAAGUCACAACAGGAUUAUUAAAGAAUUCCAUAACUGAGGGUUUUGCAUUGGCUGUCUUACAUUGUGUUGUCCUUGUUCGGAGUUAUUUGUUGAGUUACUCUGUCCUGUCAUGGAGCUAAAAAAGAUACAAAUGGAUGACUGAUUCCUGUAUGGUCUUUGAAAUUUUUCAAAACUUUGGAAACCAAAGUAUGAUGUGAGAAAGCAUAGCAAGAUUUGUUGUUUGUAUGUUUAAGUUUUGAAAAUGUUAAGAACAUCCAUUUGUCAUUGCCAUUAUUUUGUAAGACCAGUAUAACAGGAUGAUACAUUAGUUUGGCAUGGUUUUUGCAUGUUCAGUAGAUGGAAACCUUUGUUUUUGUAUUUCCAAAUGGCUGACACAAAAGCUACAAUGUUUCUGGUGUUGCUGAAACUUUAGGUCACUGUCUAUUUUCACUGACACACUAUACAUGAAUAGAAUAAAUACAAAUAAACUAUGUACAGCACAAAGUAGCAAGUAACAUUGUUGUAUUAGUAUUUUGAUUUAACAAUGUCAUUGUCAGACAGUUUUGCUAAUUUCUAUUUAUGUGAUUUUUUUUUUUUUAUAUUUUAUUUUAACAAUGCUUAUUGCCCAGAGAAUGGCACUUUUUCCCCUGAGAUGUCUUAGUGACUUUUGCACAUUACUGCACAUAACAUAAAUAGUAUGUACAUGUUUUACAGCUCAUUUAGAGCUUCUGGUGGCUUUAUGGUCUGUUUCUUUAUGAAAGCCUACAGUUUGUUGCUCUUAACGAAUAAAUGCUGCUGAAGUUGA